AUGAGGAGGAGGCGGCGGCGGCGGCGGCGGCGGCGGCUCCGCGAGGGGACGAGACGCCGCGGGCCCAGCCCAGGAGGAGGCGGCCGCGGGGAGGGGACCGGCCCGGCCCAGGAGGAGGAGGAGAAGGAGGAAGAGGAGGAGAUGGCAGCCGGGGCUGGCGGCGGUAACAAUCACCACAAACUCCGCCGGCCGCCGGAAGAUGGGGCCCACGGCGGACUCGCCCGAGCCUCGCGGCAGCCGCGGAAUCGCCGCCGCUGCCCUGACAGGGCUGCUUCCGCGAGCCGCCCCCGGCCCCGCCGCGCGCGGCCUGCCGAGCCUCCCGCUGACCCCACCCCCGUGACUCCGCGCCCUCCCCCACCCGCCCCGCCCCCACCGCCAGGCCUCCCUCCUGCCGCGCGCCCGCCGGCCCCGCCCCGCGCCUCCGCCCGCCGUGCGGCGCGCUCGACCGCGGAAGCGGGCCAGGCUCCAAGCCAUCCGGGGUCGGGCGGCCUCAGGCCAGGUGGCGGCGGUCGGUGCUCGCCCCUCCCCCUCCCCCGUACAGCCCGGGGCCGGGCCCUGAACCUGGGAAGCCCAGGCGUCCUUACUCUCCGCGCUACCGGGUCCGGCCCACUGAGCAUGCCCAGCGCCGCGGCCGGGCCCGCCGAGGAGGCUCAGCGUGCACGCUCCGCUCUCCGGGGUUUAGCACCAGCAGAGGCUGGGGGCAGGGCGCGGGGCGCAGGACGCAGCCGCGAGGCGGGGAAAGCCCCUUCCCUCCCCACCCCCCCACCCCCGAGUCGCCUGACUUGUCCCCGCGCGCCGCCGGCUCGGCACACGCACACACGCACACACGCGGUUGCUGCCCGCCAAAGUCCGGCCGGGGUUCCCCCCUGCCACUGCGUCCUUGGUGGAUUCCCAUCCUCGGGGAGUCACCCAGGAAUGCAAGUCUGGGGCCGCGCCGAGAAGUUUCAUUUGUUGAGACCGGAGUGCGGCGAAGCGGACCCGGGGGGGAGUAGGGGAGCUGUAAAAAUGCAGCCUUCGCUUCCCAGGCUCGUCCCUGCCACCUAA